AUGGUAUUCUUACGCAGGGGGUUCGCCCCCAGGGUUUUGCGGAAGUGCAGUUGCCCAGGCGUCACUUGCUCUUUAAGAGAGAUCUCCACUAGGGUGUUUGUGGAGGCUCGCCAGGACAGUUUCCGUAGAGGGCGUUCACUUCGGCGGCUGCUGAAGGGAGAGGUGGGUACCCCUGCCCCUAGAGAAAUUCCCGAGUGUCUGCCAACCGAAGAAGGAGAUGGAGGGGCCUGCAUCCGGCCUGAGGAGUCCGCUGUUGGAGGCCCCAGGGGUCAAGGUGUUGACGGGGGGUGCCCCAGAGGCUCUCCACUACGCGUUCGGUUCCCCCGUCCUGAUCUUGAUGAGAAGGCCCUCAAAGAAGAGCAGCGAAAAGUACAGAGGGCACCCCACUGGAAGUUUGUUGCCACUCAGGAGAUGGAACCUGGUGGCUCCACUUUCUGGCGACGCACGUGGGACUUGUCCUUCUCCGAGGCUGGUGGCCAGGCACAGGCCCCUGAGGCAUCACACCAGAAGGGUCCUCUUUUAUCCCCGGAAGGACAACUGGAAAAGCCUCGACCACAGACUAGGGAAGAGUCUCUCUCUCUAUUCUGUAUUUUUGAUGCCCCAAAGGAGGGAGGCAUUCGUGUGACGCACGCAGAAGGCGCAGGAGCUCCUGUCGGAACUGUCUCAAGGCCUACGACCCUGUUCUCAGAGGGCCCUUCAGACUGGCGACUUGAUAUAACGGAGGCGUUCGAUGCAGAUUGGUGUCGGCUGUCUGGAGUACCCUGGGCAGAAGACGAAAUUACGUCUUCAAGGGGGCCCCCUGAUAAACUGGAAGAUAAACGCCUGAAGGUCUUUAUCCCCCAGUUGGGGGUUCCCAAGCCCAUUGCACUUCUUAACCGUUACCAAAUACUACACAUCCUGGAAAGGCCUCAAGAGGCCUUAGGAUUACAGUGUGUUGAGGUUUCUGGAGCCCAGUGUCUGCUUCGAGGUGGAACUACGGGUACGCCUCAGGCGAGGGGCCACGGGGAACAGCAGAGAGAUUCUCCUAUGACAACACUGCCUUCGGAAGUCUACGAGGCUCUCGUUGAAAGACUUAUGAGGAUUUUGCCCUCCUUUGAGCAGCAGCAGCUGGUGCAUCUACUUCAGCUGCACCUGCAGCACGUGCGAGCCCUCCAGCAGCAGCAGCUCGAGCUUUUGCAGAAGGCGCGCAGGCUACGCCUUCACGCAGCGGCAGCAGAACCAGCUAAGCAGCAUCGCGUUGCAGAGGAAGCAGCAAAAGCAGAGGCAUCAGCUACUGCUGCAGCCUGGGGCAUAAAAGCUCUGCAACAGCAGCGGCUGUUUGACCUUGUUUUCGACGAGGCACUCCCUCAUUUACCUCACUUGACACUCGAGGAGCUUGGUAUCUUUAUGAGGACAAUAGCCGCCUCCGUCCCCACGAAUAGGCUAGGGAUUCUACAAGUUUUGGCGCUGCAUGCGGUCGACAAAACCUGCACAGCUGGGUGGGCCCUACCCAGGGGUCCUAACCCCAUCGAAGACACAGAGAAGGCGGCUCACCAGAAGGCCAUCGUCUUAGGGAUGCUUACAGUGCUGCAGCCCCUCGUUUUAGGCCUCCAGCGUCAAAUUGCCUCGGAGGCUUCUCGAUGGCAUGCGCGCCCAUCAAAAGGCUUCCAGGAGAAGGUUGGCCUGCCUUCUGCAGAAGUUGCAAGGCCUUUGUCGAUGGCAGGUUGUGGGCCACGGGAGACUGGUGGAGGCCUUGGAUUUGCUUGCCGACGGCUACUGGAGAUCGGUGUAAACCAGUUAGGAACUCUUGAGGUAAGUCUUCACCAGACGCUGCCGCGGGGCUUCUUGCUACAGCUUGUACUCUGCUGCUUAUCCAUGGGCUCUGGAUCCUCUGAGGCGCCGUUGAGUAUAGCACGGCAGUGCGUGGAUUUCCUGUUGAAAGAUGUAGCGGCGUAUCCCUCGUGCAAGCCCUCCUCGAUCCCAACCGGAGGUUCCAACUUAGAGCGCCUUACCACCCAAGAAGCCUUCUGGGUUCUGGUUAGCUGCGCCUACCGAGCGGCCCGUGGAGGACCCCCUUCAUGGCUGCUCCCGGUCUACAAUGAAGUGUUGAGGCACCCAUCUGCAAUUGAGCGCUCGAGCAAAGAAGGACUUCUGGGUAUUUCCCUGCGCGCAGCUCCUCUUCAAAUGUCAGCUUGUGACCUCCGCUGCUCGCCUCCCCUUGGGCGCACAGAGGGUCCCUCUGCGAACGUACUAUCCGUAGAACAGUUGCAUUCGCUUCUGGAGGCUCUAGAAAACGCCUUUCCGCGAAGGAGGGCAAUGGCAGUUCUUCUUGAUCACCUAUUGCAGCCACAUGAGGUGCGAGGAGCAGCAGAACCGAGUCCUGGGGACGCUAAGCUAUGCCUGUCAGGAGGUUCUCACCUUGCGAAGAGGUUUGAGGAAUGGACCUUAAUGCUGGAGACGUGCCAAACCCAGAAAGACCCAGGAACAUCCGAAAUCAGGCCAUUUGAUUACCUAGACGAUGAUGAGAGCUCUCGUAGCCACUUGGAGGUGAUAGAAACACCAGUAGCGGGCGUACUUGCAGCUGUAGAAACUCUGGCCUGGACGAUUGCUUGGAUGCGGCAGCAACCGCACCAAGAAGUCUCGGUACAGAAGAGCAUUGCGAGCGCUCACUCACUGAUUGUCAGUCUAACGGCUGAGGUGGUGGAUUCGGCACAGGCCUCUCUGGUUCCUCCCUCUGCUCUCUUUCAAGGAGUCCAUAUUCUGGCUGAUUCGGUGGAGCACUUGGUAGGGACCCUAGAGGAAGAUCCGAUUCAGCACAAAGAAACCAGAACUACACUAGCUGCGCUGGUGGGGGCUGGUGCACUUCUUUUGAGGACCUGCGCGGGAGCGAUGCACGGGUGCAACCCCCGUUUGGAUUCAACGGAACAUCUCGUAGAGGCGGUUUCCUGUUGCGUGUCCCGUUAUUUACAAAGUAUCGAGGUCCUGAGACCCUUCAAGGACUCUCAGCAAAGUGAUGACGCGGAAGGAAUAGAGGCAGCAGCUACCGCUGCAUUUCUUAAUUCCUCUGCGGAUUGUUUACGGAGCUUACGUCUGUGGAUGGGUGGCAAUGAGGAGGUAAACCGGCUGGGGGCUGUUACUGGCGUCAAAAACUAA